AAACUUUAAGGUUCAUGUUCUUUACACCUUUUUUUGAAAAUUGUGUUGUUAACUCUUUAUUACUCUUAUAUUGUUGUUUUCUUAAUCUCUUCAAUGAGUUUUUAUUCGUGUCAAUCUUUAAGGUUAAGAUCCUAUGUCAUUUCUUUAACUCUUUUGUUUUUUAAUGAUGUUUUUCUUCAUUUGGGUUUCACCGUUUCAGCUGCCACUAUUUGAUUUUUUUUUUUUAAAGUUUGAUGCUUUUUGAUUUUUUAAGGGUACCCUUUAAGUUUCUUAGUCUAUUAAACUACUUGGGCAUUGCUUUCUUUGUUUUUAUCCUUUUUCACUUUUCUGGGUCUGAAGAUCCAGGUAUGAAAAUAAUGAUGGAAAAUCUUUGAAUUUCUUGUUAGAGUCAAAUUGAAUAGUUUAUUUAUAGAUGACUUUUAGGUGAAUGAAUAGGUGUCAAUGAUUUUUUUUUUAAAAAUUUUGUUUUUUGGUGUGAAAAUGAAACUUUACUCUUCUUUGAAUGGUAAGAAAGAACGUCAAGAAAUGGUUUUAGAUCUGAUUGAAACGGUCAGUGAAAGAGUUAUUGUUUUUUUUUUCCCCUCUUUUAUUAUUGGUUGAAGUUAUUUUUAGUCUUUUUUUUUUAAAAUUUAUUUUUCUGGAUUAAGAAAGACUUGAUUUCAGUUUCAUUUGAGUUGUAGUUUAGUGUUUUGAACAGCUGUAAGAAAAUUUUCACGUGAUUUCUGUUUUUAAGUGGAAAAUCCUAUGUUUGCAGUUCUGUUUCCUUGUUCCUAGGUGCUUAUGUUUUAAGCAAUCUGCAUUUGAUUUUUCUUGCUUUGCUUUGUUUGAUGAGUGUUGGUUAUUUAUUAGUAUAUUUUGUUUUAUGUGUUGAUUCAGCAAUCUAGGUUGGUAAUGAAAUUCAUGUUUCUUUUGUAUUGAUUCUUCUGUCACAUUACAUGUGCAUAAAUAUCUUAGUACUAUUAAGGUUUGGCUUAGCUUAUAAUGUGAAUUUGUAUGAAAGAAUGUCAUGUUUUGGAACUUAGCUUAGUUUUUGAUGAACACUGAAUAAGAGAUUUAAUGACGUCGAUGAAAUCAUUUAGAUGGCUGAUGAGAAAAAAGAGCGGUUUGUCUGAUGGGGGUAAAUCGAGUUUCAAGAUGAAACAGUUGCCGUUUAUGGCAGUUGUGUGUACAGUUAUGUUGUUCAUUGUAUAUAGAACUACAAAGUAUCAGUAUCAUCAAGAAGAGAUUGACAGGAAAUGGAGUUUAUGGGGAAAACAAGAGACAUAUUCUACAACCUCUGGGAGAUUGAAAGACUUGCCACGAGGUAUAAUACAAGAUAAUUCAGAUUUGGAGUUAAGGCCGUUGUGGUUGAGAAGUAAUUCGAGGUCAAAGUCGAGGGAUUAUUCUAAUCGUAACUUGCUGGCCAUUCCAGUUGGUAUUAAACAAAAGCAUAAUGUAAACGCCAUGGUGCAAAAGUUUCUUCCAGAAAAUUUUACAAUUAUUUUAUUUCAUUACGACGGGAAUGUGGAUGGAUGGUGGAGUCUUGACUGGAGUAGUAAGGCUAUACACAUUGUCGCACAGAAUCAGACAAAGUGGUGGUUUGCAAAAAGAUUUCUGCAUCCGGAUAUAGUUUCUAUUUAUGAUUAUAUCUUUCUUUGGGAUGAAGAUUUAGGCGUGGAGCAUUUUUCUCCGUCAAGAUAUGUUAAAAUUGUGAAGGAAGAAGGUUUGGAGAUAUCUCAACCAGCUCUUGACCCGAAUUCAACAGAGAUACAUCAUAGAAUUACAGUUCGAGCUAGAAAACAGAAAUUUCACAGAAGAGUCUAUGAACGCAGGGGAAGUACGAGGUGUUCAGAUGCAAGUGAAGGGCCACCAUGCACUGGGUUUGUGGAAGGUAUGGCUCCGGUUUUCUCUCGAGCUGCAUGGUAUUGUACUUGGCAUCUCAUACAGAAUGACCUCGUGCAUGGAUGGGGAAUGGAUAUGAAACUAGGAUAUUGUGCACAGGGCGAUCGAACUAAAAAAGUGGGAGUUGUUGAUAGUCAAUAUGUCCUUCAUAAGGGAAUACAAACUCUGGGUGGGAGCGAUCAUGGUGCAACCAAGGUUUCAAAACUCAAAAAGACAACUACGAAACAAGGUGGAUCAACGGUUGAUGUGCGAUCCGAGAUACGAAGACAGUCAACAUGGGAACUUGAAGUCUUCAAAGAACGAUGGAAUCAAGCUAUUGUUAAGGACAAAAACUGGGUUGAUCCAUUCAAGAGACGCAUUAGAAGAUGGCGUGACAAUCACUAAGAGCGUGUUUUCUGCUUCUCUAGAUUGCCAUCCCACCGUGUAUCAAUGUGGAUCCAAACACAGGCUAACUCGGUUGCUCGGAUAUGUUAAAGCUUCUUUCACGGCCGUUACCUUUAUUUAUAGCCAUAAUUUUGUAUCUUUAGCUGUAUGAGUUCUUAAUUCAUUCAUUUUUGAAAGGAAAAAAAAAAAAAUCACAUUUCUGUUUAUAUUCUUUUA